GUGAAAAACUCAAAGCAUCAGUCGUCAGAGCUCAGUCUGUUGGAAGUGGCCAGCUUUUGAACCAUGCCCCAGCCUGAGCCCCAGGACAGCUGAAUCCACAGAGAGAGGAGGACAUCUUUGGGAAAUAGGGCCCUGACGCGAGAAAGAGCCUAUACUGUGAUUUUCAGGAGUGAGUGGAGGAGAGCACCUCAGAGGACUAGGACAAAGAGAGAGAGAGAGAGAAAGAGAGAGAGACAGAGAGAUGAGUCCUGAGCACUGCAGCUCGGUGAAGACACAAUACAAUACACAGGUGAAACUAUAACUGCAGGAAACACAUCCCCACCACCACCACCACUACUGCUGGUAACAAAAAGGAAGGCCGGGAGGGACUUGGUGGGAGCACCAGUAGCUGUCCAUCUAUCCAUCUAACCAGCCAGCAGCAAUGCAGGGGCUGAUGUGGAGCCUGUGUGCUGUGCUCUGCCUCUCCCUCUGGAAGGAAAGUUACUGCAGGAGUUCCAGGGAAGCCCGGAGGACCAAAGAGCCCUCUCUCCACAGGAGUAAAAGAGCUCCCCAGGACCCUGAUGCCAAAAAGUGUUCCUACACCUUCCUCGUACCUGAGCAGAGAAUCACAGGUCCAAUCUGCGCCAGCACCACAGGCCCUGAACCAGACAAGGACAGAGUGACCCGUAUGGACAUUGCAGAUGUGCGGGAGGUGCUCAACAAACAGCGGCGUGAGAUUGAGACACUGCAGCUGGUGGUGGAUGUGGAUGGUAACUUGGUGAACGAGAUGAAGCUGCUGCGGAAGGAGAGCAGGAACAUGAACUCCAGGGUGACCCAACUCUAUAUGCAGCUGCUGCAUGAGAUCAUCAGGAAAAGAGACAACUCUCUGGAGCUGGCCCAGCUGGAGAACCGAGUCCUCAACGUGACCUCUGAGAUGAUGCGACUGGCUUCCAGGUACAAGGAGCUGGAGGCCAGGUUCGCCACGAUGGCAGGGGUGGUCAACAACCAGUCCGUUCUCAUCUCUGCACUGGAGGAACAGUGUAUGAGGACGCUGGGACGCAGUGAGCUGCCUGUGGUUCCUCCACUGGUACAGGUGGUACCGCAGAAUAUACCAGUCAAUAAUCGUUUCACCAAUGAGAUACAGAGAGACAAUAACAACCGGGCCUUUCCUCGAGGAUCACGCAUGGACUCCCCUACUGCAAGCCCCUUUGGGAUCAACCCUCCACCACCACAGGGAACACUUACCUCAGAUGGUCCCUUCAAGGACUGUUACCAGGUCCGACAGGCAGGCCACACCACGAGCGGAAUGUACCUGCUUAAGACUGAUGGCAGCGACCGGCUGAUCCAAGCCUGGUGUGAACAUGGCCUUGACAAUGGAGGAUGGACCGUGUUGCAAAGGAGGAAAGAUGGCUCUGUUAACUUCUUUCGGAAUUGGGAGAACUACAAGAGAGGUUUUGGCAACAUAGACGGUGAGCACUGGCUUGGACUGGACAAUAUCUACAAUCUGGGGAAACAGGGCGACUAUAAGAUGAUGAUUGAACUGGAGGACUGGACAGGGAAGAAGGUGUACGCCGAGUAUAGCAGCUUCCGCCUGGAGUCAGAGAGCGAGGGUUACAGGCUGAGGCUCGGUACCUACCAGGGGAACGCUGGGGACUCCUUCAGCAGCCACAACGGCAAACAGUUCACCACACUCGAUCGCGACAAGGAUGCAUUUUCUGGCAACUGCGCCCACUUCCAUAAGGGCGGUUGGUGGUACAAUGCCUGUGGCCAGACCAACCUCAAUGGUGUAUGGUACAGCGGGGGAGUUUACCGCAGCAAAUUUCAGGAUGGAAUCUUCUGGGCGGACUACGGUGGAGGUUUCUACUCCCUCAAGUCAGUACGCCUCAUGAUCCGACCGAUCGACUGACACCUCGGACUUUGGUUCCCUUUAAAUGCACCUCAGCCUCCUUCCUUAUCUUUAUCUACCCAUAAACAAAUACUGUAAAGGCAGGACCAGGAAUCCCUGCCAUCCUUCAACUGUGUAAAAGACAGCAGUAAGAAGAGACGGUGGCAUGUUUUUAUAGCCAGACGACAAUGACUCCAACAGUCUGAUGGCAGUGGCUAGUUCCAUAGAUGACAUGGAGAUGAAGACUGAUGCCACUGUCCUUCAUAAGUAACUGCUCUCCUCAACCUUUCAGUCUGGACAGUAAUGGUCUCUCAGACUCCCUGGGACAAUUCAGUAUUACUCUCAAGUGUCUUAUUUUACUCACUCUUGUUCAAACUCAGUAUGUAAUAAAGGGAAGCUGUCAUUUACUAAAGACAUGACAUUUCUUCAGAGCAGCUAAUGGUGACUUAUUGAAGGUAGGGUUGCCCAUACCAUGGGCUACUGGAUGUACUGGAAUGUUAAACCAUAGUAGUCAUGAAAAAUAAUGCAAUUUACAGUUGUGUUGCUAGUUAGAACACCUGACAAACCAACGGUUAGAGGACAGGCCUUGAUAAACCUACUGUCUACUUGUUUCUGGGAUUUGUCUGGACUUCUGGGGUUUCCUUUGACCCCUGACAAAAAAUGAACUCAUGCAACAAUGUGCUUGUUCAAUGUGCAUAUGGCUGAGCUGGCUUUGGUAUGUAAAUAUCUUUGGCUUUAUUUGUGAAAGUUAAUUUAAGAGGUGUGAUUCUACUCAGGCCAAAUGUUCACAAUGUUGUCACUCCGCCAGUCUUUGUUAUUUAUCAGUGUAUUUAUAGUAAGUAUAGCCAUGGACAUUUUAUAUCUAGCCCUGUAACAAUACAAUUCUUAAUAUUUUUUUAAUCCCAUUUAGAAAUACAUUAAUAACAGUUGAGCAGAAGUGUGCACGCACAAACACACACAGACCGCAGACACAACAAAUUCAGAGCGGAGAUGUCUAGUUGACUUGAGGAUGGAGAAUAUGUGACAUGCACUGCCAGUUUUCAUCCAAGUCAAAUUAAAUUCUUUGUAAAAAUUGAA